CCGGUAUCGCUGUUGUGCUUCCAACGUGGGACUACGGAGCGAUCGCCCACAGAAAAAGGAAAAAGUAACUCGGCAAAGGAGAAAACUCAUGGUGGUUAACCCAGGCUCGGAAGAAGGAGGGGGACGCAGUUUUGUUAUUUAUCGGAUCGUCUAGAUGUUGUGAGCACAGACUGCACCUGAUGAGCAGCUGGUGGAGUUUCUUUGGAUGGUACCGAGUCCGUGUUUCAAAGUUGGAUUUAUGCGGUUCAGAUUUGGAGCAGAGAUUUCGGAAAAGCGCUCGGCUUGAACGUUUUUACCACUAUUCCUAAUUUAUUCACUAAAUAUUUGCAUUUUGGAUCGUUCCAACUCCGUUAGACGUUUGUGUUAAAGGCAGUUUUUGGAGGAGAGCAGCUGGAGUCGGGCGCAGAGUGUCCUUUAAUAUUUGGCUCCUGCGUGUUUUCAAAGGUAGCUGCGAAGGCAAGCCUUUUCCCUUUUACGGACACAUUUUUGCUACUUAAUUUGAAUCAAAUGUUUCCGACAGUGCAGCUCUGUUUCUUCGUCUGUGGGUCUCCUUAAAUCUCACUCCUGCGUCGGACUCCGGGGGGAGAAAGUUGGGAGUCAGGACUUGUUUCAGAGAUGAAUUCCGCUGAGACGGACGCAAAGUUGUUUCUACUGGCCUUUGUGUCAAAACAAGACAGUUCAUGAGCUGCAAAGGCUUUUUACUUUUCCCGAAGCGAGACUGAUCAUUUUCCCAGUCCGUGGGAUACCUGGAGAGCUCCGCUGCCGCGCUGCUAUACUGGAUACAAAAUGGCGGCGUCCCUGGGACGGCUUGGAUGUGUUUCUCGCUGUGUUUUUUAUUUAAUGUUAUCGCUGGAGCUGUCAAACAGUUUUGGACUGUGUUCGGACGCACCUUGCCCUCAGAACUGUACCUGCAGAGGAGAUUCGGUGGACUGCAGUGGCUUGGAGCUGACGGUACCGCCUCUGGACCUUCCAGUCCGGACUGUUUCCUUGAAUCUCGGACACAAUAAGUUGGCCUCCUUCAGCCCCGAAGCCUUUGACAAUCUUCCUAACUUGCGUGAACUGCGCUUGGAUCACAAUGAGCUGACGUCCAUACCAGAUUUAGGACAGGCUGCUUCCAGAAUUGUAUCCCUCUACCUACAUCAUAAUAAGAUCCGCAUUAUUGAUGGCAGUCGUACCACAGAGCUGGUUUCCGUGGAAACGCUGGACCUGAGCAAUAAUGAGAUUACUGAUCUGCGGGCGGACGGCUUCCCUGCGGGACUUCAAAUCAGAGAUCUAUACCUUAGCAACAACAAGAUCAGCACGCUGCAGCUCGGAGCGCUGGAUCAUCUGGGCUCAACUCUGCAGGUUCUGAGACUGAGCCGAAACCGCAUCAGCCAGAUCCCGAUCCGAGCCUUCCAGCUUCCAAGGCUCACCCAGCUGGAACUGAACAGGAACCGCAUCCAUCAGAUCGAGGGUCUAACUUUCCAGGGGUUGUCCAGUCUGGAGGUGCUGAAACUGCAAAGGAACAGCAUCAGCAAGCUGACUGACGGAGCCUUCUGGAACCUGUCCAAGAUGAAAGUCCUUCACCUGGAGUACAACAACCUGACUGAGGUGAACAGCGGCUCCUUGUACGGCCUGAGCUCCCUCACGCAGCUCUUCCUCAGCAACAACUCAAUAGCCCGCAUCAACGCCGAUGGCUGGAAGUUCUGCCAGAGGCUGAGGGAACUGAAUCUGUCGUACAACAACUUGACUCGUCUGGAUGAGGGGAGUCUGGCUGUGCUGGGGGACCUGCACACACUGCGGCUGGGCCACAACUCCAUCAGCCACAUCAACGAGGGAGCAUUCAGGGGCCUCAAGGCACUACGAGUCCUGGAGCUGGACCAUAACGACAUCUCUGGCACAAUAGAGGACACCAACGGGGCCUUCACUGGAUUGGACAAGCUCAACAAGUUGACUCUAUUUGGAAACGAGGUCAAAUCGGUGGCCAAGAAAGCCUUCGCCGGCCUGGAGACCUUGGAACACCUGAACCUGGGGCAGAACGCUAUUCGUUCCAUCCAGCCUGAUGCUUUCAGCAAGAUGGGGAACAUAAAAAGCCUCCUCAUUCAGAGCAACAGUUUCCUCUGUGACUGCCAGCUCCAGUGGUUGCCCAUCUGGCUGCAGAUGCAUGGUCUGCAGGCGGGUGUAAAUGCCACCUGUGCCCACCCAGUGAGCCUGCAGGGCACCAGCAUCUUUGAAGCUCCACAAAACAGCUUUGUGUGCGAUGACCUCCCCAAGCCUCAGAUCACUGUCCAGCCGGAGAACACGGUGACGGUGCUCGGCAGCGAUGUGCGUCUCACGUGCACGGCGGCGAGCAGCAGCUCCUCCCCUAUGACUUUUGCCUGGCGCAAGGACCAGGAACUGAUUCGCCAAGGCGAGAUGGAGAACUUUGCACACGUGCGCACUCACCACAAGGGUGCAACGCCCUACACGUCAGGCAUGGGAGGAGGUGUGAUGGAGUACACCACCAUACUGCACCUGCGGCACGCCACCUUUGCCCACGAGGGACGUUACCAGUGCAUCAUCACCAACCACUUUGGCUCCACCUACUCCAACAAGGCUCAAGUUGUCGUCAACGUACUGCCGUCCUUUUUGAAGACACCCAGGGACAGUACCAUCCGCACGGGCCACACUGCCCGGUUGGAGUGCGCCGCAGAAGGCCACCCGGUACCCCAGAUUGCCUGGCAGAAAGACGGCGGCACGGAUUUCCCCGCCGCCCGGGAGCGCCGGAUGCACGUCAUGCCCGAUGACGACGUGUUCUUCAUCAUGGACGUGAAGCCCGAGGACAUGGGCAUGUACAGCUGUACCGCCAAAAACACAGCGGGCACCGUCUCGGCCAACGCCACCCUCACCGUGCUGGAAACACCCCACCUGGCCCAGGAAAUGGAGGACCGCAGCGUGGCGGUGGGAGACACGGUGGCACUGCAGUGCAAAGCCCUCGGGAGCCCAACCCCUCGCAUCACUUGGCUGCACAACGACCAGCCACUGCAACCCUCCGACAGGCACUACUUCACCCCCGGCAACCAGCUGCUGGUCAUCCGCUCUGCCUCGAUGGAGGACACCGGCCGCUACACCUGCCUCAUGUCCAACACGCUGGGCACGGAGCGCGCUCACAGCCAACUGGUGGUGACCCAGCGCAGGAGCGUGUGCGUGUCGCCGGUGGGCCUGAGCACGGUCACCAUUGGUAUCAUCGUCAUUGCGGUGGUGACGAGCAUCGUGGCGACAUCGUUGGUGUGGGUUUGCAUCAUUUACCAGACUAGGAAGAAGAGCGAGGAGUGCAGCGUGACCAACACUGAUGAGACCAUUGUCCCUCCAGAUGUCCCUAGUUACCUGUCAUCUCAGGGCACUCUGUCCGAGCGGCAGGAUGUCUGUAUCCGCGUGGAAGCUGGAAGUGGAGCUCAGCCCAACGGGCAUGUUGUAGACACCUCAGGUUUUGACGGAGCCGUGAUGUGCACAGACUGCAUGGAGACGGGCAACAGCUACGGCGAUGCCGACUACCUGACCCACGGUUACGGCCUCGCUCGAGGCGGCGAGUACCAGCAGCAGCAGCUAGCCCCCCCUCGGUACUCUCAGUGUAACCUGGGGGAGCAGAGGGACCCAGGGUCACACUUAGCAGCUCCGCUCUGCAACGGAACUCCCCACGGGAUCCGAAAGGACAUGCAAGGAUCCACGUAUCCCAAAAAUCACAACACGAUAGAGCGAAGCCAGAACAAUAGAAAAGCGAGCAGAGUGGGACACACGCUGGUGGGCUGCCCGUCGCAGGACGACUCCUUCCACGAGCCGGUGAAGCUGGCCGGCGGGACAAACUACGGACGCCUGGACACUGACUGUGAGCCUGAGCUCAGGCAGACUCUGCUGUCUAACGGACACGCCCUCAGAGCCUCUCAGAAUGAGAGCGCCCUUCUGGGGAGAUCCAGCGACUAGCAGACACUGAAUGCAGCCCAAAAUGUUGACCUUUUUAACUCUUUCUUUGCACUGGGAAAAAACUAAAAACUGCUACCUCACAUCGAGGGGAACGAUCCAGAGUCUCCCGGAUCUGGACCGACACGGGGACGCUGGGAGGAUGAUUGUCGCGGUUGAAGGGGAGAGUCCGGCGUUUGAAGGUGGAGCUUGUGUGGGUGGCGUCCCACCUGAGCGUAUAAGAUGUACAUAGUUUAAAACCUUCGUUUGGGAGGUGACCGGUUUAAAGAAAGAACUUUAGCGCCAAAAAAUGUGACUUGCAUUUGAAGCAUGCAAAUAUAAGGAAUCUUGUACAGUGUAAUUAUGUGCAGUAGGGAAAAAAGAGAAAUAUAAGAGUGGGACUUCUGACUGUACAUAAGAGUUUUCUUAUAUAUUAUAUAACUUUUACAAAAGAGUGUUGGAAUAUAUGUGCAUGGCAAAGAAGGAAGCGAUAUUUUUAUUGUUCUUAGGGAGAAAACAACCUUUUUCAGCUUUGACCAACAUCCAGCUGCUGUGCCUUAUUGCAUGAUCAAAGAAGACUCAACCUGUGAUUUUUAUUUUUUUAUUUUUUAGUGAAAGAUACAGGUACACUUUUAUAGCAAACAAAACACUUGGUUGCACUUGGUGACGUAUUUUAUUUUCUUGGACAAAUGCCGCUAUCUAUGGCCUUACAGAACCAGAAUUCACGUGCAUUGUUGCGGUAUGAAGGAAGAGCUUUGAUGUGAAAUAUUUUUGGUACGUUUGUGGUCAGCCAGCUCCAGCACUUUUUAUGUUCUUCAGAAACAGAUUGUGCACAUCAUCUGCCGACAGGAAUGCGAGGAACCUGCUCCGGGUGGGGGAGACAUUCCACAUUUUUGACACAAUCAGCAGAACAUGCUGUGCCGUUAAGACUCCUCCACUGGUUUGAUAUUAUUAUACCACAGAUUACUGCGAAGCUGCUCUGAUCUACCUAGGAUUAAUGUGUCUCAGGAUGGUUGAGUUGUUUAACUUAAAGUGACGUUAAAAGCCAUUAAUGAGCCCAGAUGUAAGUGGAGAUGCACCGAUCAGAUUUGUGGCCAAUUGUUCGGUUUAUGUUGAAUUUGGACCUUGAUACAUUUUUAGCCAAUUUUUAUUUAGUGAGCUCAGUUGAGGUGUGAAAUCAUUAUCCGAGCUCAGACUUCCGAGACAAACUGUAAAUCUUUAACACAGAUUUCCAAAUGGCUGCAAACAGCAGCGAGUUCCAGAAGAUUAAGAAGCAACUGAGCAGUUUUCUGAUGAAGUUCUCCCCAAAGCAGGUAUGAAGUGACCUCUAGAUGUCUUCGUAGUAAAAAUUCCUUUCAAAUAACAUCUUACACCUUUAGUGCUUCUUCUAAAUUCAUUUUAAACGCCUCACUGAGGCUAAAAUCAGCUAACCUUUGGUCUUGUGUCAGUAAUAACUUCCAUAACGAGGAGUCCAAACUAGCAGGCACUUAGGCGUGGAGUGAUCACUAAAUAGAAAACGACAGCAAUGUUAAGGUUCUGGCCAAGCUGAAAACCAGCCGAUUCCUGUCAUCAGCUCAUUUAUCGGUGCGUCUCCAAGGAACAUUCACAGUUAAAGCUAAAAACGUGUGCUCUGGUCAUUCAUCUGGCUUCAUCCUACGAGUUUUGGGGAAAACCGUGUUACUGCUGUAAUCUUCCUCGACACCCACUGUGCUGCGCUCUGAAGCAGUAAGGCCAGUAUUCCACCCGAGCUCCCAUCAUUGCAGCUCAGUCAUGUCAUGCUUUGUGGUAACGCGGUGAACAGUUGGGAUGCUUGUGAAAACGUGCUUUAACCAAACCAGGAUCAAUGCAGUCAGGAACCCCCUCCCCCACACCCCGCCUCAGACUGCGUCAGUUCCUGGAUACACCGGGUCACAUUCAGGCGAAGCAGUUCCAUCGUGUUUCAGUACCAGAGGUAAGGUGGAGGACAUCCUUCACCAGUUACACCUUUCAGAGGUGGCUUUACCUGCGAGACCACUCAGAGACCCGCCUUAAAGGGACUGGAGGGUGUGAGGUCCAGUUCAAUGUUUUGAGACUAAUUUAUUGAAGCGAAGCGUCUGUACCGAUGUCAAAGCUAAAACAGUGAAGUGUCUAACAUGGCAUUGAAGUGUCUAAUAAAAAAAAACAAAUCACAUUUUGCUAUGA